CAUUAUAAAUCCACAAACGCAUACGCGAGGUUGUUGUGUACAGUAUGGUGUCUGGUAAUAUCAAAAUCGAUGAUCCGUCACCUAAUGAGGAUCGAAAUGAAGGUGUCGAUCUAGAUCAGAUAUUGACUGACGAAAUUGGUCAGUUUGGCCGCUAUCAAGUGCUCACACUGUUACUAAUGGUUGCACCUGUAGUAUUUACGGCCUUUUCUAGCGGCGAAUACAUUUUCACGACAGCGAGGAUUCCUACAAGGUGUCGAAUUCCUCAAUGCGAUGGCGAGGUCCCAAAUCCUGAAUUCCGUCCUGAAUGGGUAUUGAAUGCUAUUCCUGGCAGCAGUAAGAGUUCCUUCGAAGGUUGUUCGAGAUAUGAAGACAGCAAUAAUCUCGCACCCUCUAAUGAGACUUGCCCUCCAUGGUGGUUCAACACCACCACAGUGGAUUGUGAUGAAUAUGUAUAUGAAAAUUCUCUCACCAUUGUUUACGAUUUUGACUUGGGAUGCAACGAAUGGCGUCGCUCGCUGGUUGGAUCCAUCAGUUCAUUCGGCAAACUAAUCGGAAUACCUCUUGCUGGAUUUAUCUCUGACGGAUGGGGUCGACGCAUGUCACUAGUUAUUAGUAUCAUUAAUAUCGCGUGGAUUGGUGUCUCGCGCUCAUUUGUCAAUAAAUAUGAGUGGUUUGUUGCUUUAGAAGUAUUGGAAGCUGCUACUGGCGCCGGCGCAUAUUCAGCAUGCUAUAUUUUAGUAAUGGAAUUAGUUGGACCUAAAUACAGAGUAGUAACCGGUGCUACGAUGUCGUCACUGUUUGCCUUAGGACAAGUGACUUUAGGUUUGACAGCGUGGGCUGUACAACAAUGGCGAUCCCUAUUAUUAGUACUAUAUCUACCCCAGUUCCUAAUAAUAAGUUACUAUUGGAUACUGCCAGAAUCUAUUCGAUGGUUGAUAAACAAGGGCCGUCACGAUGAAGCUGAAAUAAUUCUUGAAAAGGCAUCCACAAUAAAUAAGAGACAAUUAUCAGAAAAGUCUAUAAAAAUAUUACGAGCAACUGCAGGAACACAAAAUGAUAAAUACGAAACAAAAGAGCCUUGGCUACCGAUUCUGGUUAUAAGAUCUCGCGCAAUACUAUUGCGUUGUAUUGUGUUGCCGAUAUUGUGGAUCAUAAUGACAUUGAUAUACUACGGUCUAUCUAUUAAUUCCUUAAACCUGACGGGCAACCAGUACUUGAACUAUGUGUUUGUGACGGCAAUAGAAAUACCAGGGUAUUGGACAGCCAUCUUGCUGUUGGAUCGUAUAGGAAGAAAAUCAAUGUUGAUCUGUGGUUAUUGGUUAUGCUCUGCAUGCCAAUUCGCUGUUGUAUUCAUGCCUGAUGGUAUGGAAAAUCUCUCAUUGGUUGUUUACCUAAUUGGAAAGUACAGCAUUGCAAUAGUGAUGAGUUCAAUUUAUGUGUACACCGCAGAAUUGUUUCCCACAAAGUACAGACAUAGAUUGUUUGCCUUCCCAGCUACCGUUGGAAGAUUGGGUACUAUAAUUGCACCCCUUACGCCCUCUCUUGCUUCGGAAAUAUGGGAAUCGUUGCCGUCUGUGAUGUUUGGAAGCUUUGCUUUAUUGGCGGGUAUCCUAGUAUUUACUACACCAGAGACGCUGGGCACUAAACUACCUGAUACUAUGGAAGAAGCAGAACAAAUCGAAUCCAGGAAAAUACAAGCCUGAUUUUAAAAUUAUUUCCUUUCUAGAUAGGAUACUGUGAUAUACAAUUUCUUUUUUAUAUUGUAUGUUUACUUACUGAUUUUUUUGUCAACGUCAGAGACGCUUAAAUUACUAGUAAUUUAAACAUACUUAGAAUGUAUUUUUUAAUAUUGUUAAUUAUGUGAGAUGGAAAAAUAAAAGAACCCAAGAAUAAUGUACUUUUCAAUAGUUGUGUCAAUGGUUAUUUUUAUAUGACUGAAUA